AGUUGCAAUCAGCCAAUCUCUGUUGGGAAGGCGGAGGCACCAACUUCACUGAUUGGCUGGUUUGAAAAUAGCUAAAUACAUUAUUUUCGCAAUUUAAAUCCUCAUGAUUUGCUGCGAAAAAGUGGAAGGACACUCACUUCUAGCUAAACGUGCAAGGACAUUAGCCAUCUAUCGUCAUGGGAUCCAGCGAGAGCAAGGUUGCUGUGGCCUCAACGCCCAAACAUGACCCCAGCCAUCGCAUCAAACACGACCGUCUCUCUCAGCUUGUCGACCCACGGUCUCCAUCUGUAACCAUUGACCGCACACCCAUUCAGGUGGGUGGAACUGUCUCCUGUGUCCCAGUUGUGGAGAGUGAAUGCUCCAUUCUAGCCAGCGACCCUCGGUCACCCUCAGUCGGUGUCACCCGCACCCCAAUGAAGGACUCAAUGAGAGUGACAGUUAGCUCCUUCGCCCGCCGCCUCAGCAUGCUCCUCCACAGUGACUCUGUAGAAAGAGUUGCCCCUGUGCCCUUUAACAAGUUUCUCAACGUGGAGGAAGAGGCAGUGGUGGAGGGAGAGUUGGGCUCCAGUGAGCCCCUUCUCUCCCCUCAGCCAUCACAGAUCUCAGGUCACAUGAUCCAGCCCUCUCCCCAGAGCGUGGCUAGUCAUAUGCUUCUCAUCCAGAGCCCCUUGGUUCCUGUGGGGGAGGCCCAGAAAGAAGUCGAAGACGAUUUCACUCUGGAGGAAGCCGACGAGGCCAAGGAGUCUUCACUACACAAGCGCCUGAGUAUGAGCUUGAUCACCUGCCAUGAUGGUGUCGCCCCAUCGCCGACAUUCACCGAGGUGCACUACGACAGCCCUGCAUCUCCUCUCCCUGAAAACGCUGCUGCUGAACUCCACAAGGAGGAACCUGACCACGCUUAUGCCCUUCCCUCAGUCACCCCUGACCCCACACAACCUUUGACUCCCAUGGCUGAACCAUCCAUCCCCACUGCUACAGAGUUAACUGAAGUCACUGUUGCUACAGAGAUGCUUAAAGUGGAGGUCCCAACACCAGUGGUGGAGCCAAUGAUGUUCGUUACACAAGUGUCGCCUGUUGUACCAUCCACCACAACCACUGGUCCAAGCCCCAGCGUGAGCCAGCAGCAGCCCCAAGCCACUGGGAUCCGAUGCCCCACCUUUGACACCAAGAGCCCCAGUCAAGUGGUGUUCAAGCCCCAGUGGCUAGGGAAGGGCUUCGGGGCCACAGGGGUGAGGGUCAGAGGGAGAGGAGGUAAGGGGGGCUCGUCCUCUUCACCACUCUCCGUCCAGGUUGGAAACAAGAAUAUAGCCAAUGAGAACAAGGGGCAGUCGAUCAAACAGAAGCAGAGAGACAAGGCACUCGUGGCUGAAGGCCGCUCCCCUCUGCAGAUGCUCAAGGAGACCAACUCUCCCCGGGAGAAAGCUACACAGAUGACGCUGAAGGUGUCCACCCCAGACAGACAGAGGCUGGGUCAGAUGGACCGGAGAGUCCUGACUGUGUCCGUGGACAAGGAGAACCGAUAGCUGGAUGUUGCAGAAGAACAUGCACAAACACUAACUGGCCAGUGUAUAGAAUCUAACCAGUGUUCUAUAUCUUUCUAAUAACAAGCCUUUUAAAGUGUACAGCCUCUUUUUAACUGACUUUUUUCAAACUGCUAACAAAUUAUAAUUUGUGUACAUUUGUUUUUGGAAGUGCCAUCAUAUGUUUUGUCUUUAUUGCAAGUGUCCGUAUCAGUGUUUUUUGCUAUCCUGUCCUUUAUGUAAAUAAAUUUGCUUUAAAUCUC